UGGACUGCGUUUUAUAAUUGUUAACGCAAAAAGAAUCCUGAAAGUUGCAUUAGUUUAUAUAUGAUCAAAACAAUGGGAUUAAAAUAUUGUUUGAUCUGAAUGAUUAAUGUUCACUAAUGUUACUAGUAAGUGUGCAUUGACUUGAGAAAAUUGAAUCAUACAAUUUAAUAUAAAUUACUCAAAACAGUAAAUUUGAAAGUUACAAAUAGAAUUCAAUAUGAUUAGUAUGAGGAUGAAUGCAUUUAAUGAUACCGGCUUGGGUGAACCCGAACAAGAUGCCAAUUCUGCACUGAUAGAACUUGAUAAAGGUUUACGAUCAGCAAAAAUUGGGGAGCAGUGUGAAGCGAUUGUACGUUUUCCACGGCUUUUUGAAAAAUACCCAUUUCCAAUUUUAAUAAAUUCGUCACUGCUUAAAUUAGCGGAUGUGUUCCGUAUGGGCAGCAACUUUUUACGAGUUUGGGUACUUAGAGUUUGUCAACAAAGUGAAAAACAUUUAGACAAAAUUUUAAAUGUUGACGAGUUUGUUAGAAGAAUUUAUAGCGUCAUUCAUUCCAAUGACCCAGUGGCAAGAGCUCUUACAUUACGCACAUUGGGUAGUGUUGCUGGAAUUAUUCCGGAGAGACAACAGGUUCAUCACAGUAUACGAAGAUCCUUGGAUUCUCAUGAUUCGGUUGAAGUAGAAGCAGCCAUUUAUGCAGCGCAAAUGUUUGCAGCUCAAUCGAAACUAUUUGCAAUUUCUAUGUGCAGUAAGAUUUCUGAUAUGAUCAGAGGACAAGCGACGCCUGCCUCAAUGAAACUGCAACUUAUUCCUAUUUUACAAUACAUGCACCAUGACACUUCUACUGCAUCAAUGGUAAAUGAAUUAUGUAUGGAACUUCUUGAGAGUUAUCCAGCGGUAGAAUUUGUUAGAGUAACAUUAAGUGCAUUAAGUACUCUAGCUUCUGCAACUUUAAUCGACGUUCCAGGACAAGUAGCCUUGCUGUUGCGUUAUUUACAUGAUGACCCACGGUUAUCGGUUAAGCGUCAUGCUCUACGUCUUUUACAUUGUCUAGCUAGAAGGGGUGCUCACUUAUGGCCACAAGGUGCAUUGACCAAUUUAAUAGAUAGUACAACUAAAUUAUUACAAGAUGGAACUGGCAAUACAGAUCUUCUAAUCCGUACUUUGGAUGUGAUCGAGGUGUUGAGCCAGAGUGCUGUAACAUGUGACGCUAACAUGGAAGAGGGUGGUCCUCUUCUAUCUUUGUGUGUUAAUGCUUGUUACUCUCCAGAUCCUUUUGUGGCUGUAAAGGCAGUCACUAUUCUUGGAAGAGUUGCUUGCUACUGUUACGAGGAAGGAUUACCUGCUUAUGGAGCCCAAGACGUUGUCUCCUGCCUCGAGUCACUGAUAAUGUUGCUCGCUUUAGAUGAUAGAUACCUUCGUCAACUGAAGGAAUGUCUGCAGUCUACCGUUAAACUUUGUCAAGCCCAACCCAGUCAUUGCUAUGUUUUUGUUGAUGCUAUAGGCUCAACGCUUAGAAAUUCAAAUGCCAGUAAUGUACAAAGCGAAGGACAGGCUUUGGCAUUAUGCGAAGCAUUGGGAGCAAUUGGAAACUUUGAAGAAAAUGUCCUUCUACCGCUUCUUCCAGACAUCCUGACAAAAUUGAAAGAAUCACUCCAUGUGAAUACAAAGGUCAUGCUAUGCACAUUGUUGUUUCAAAUGGUAGCUGGUGGUUAUGAAUGGAACAGUGAGUGUUUGGAAGCUGUAGAUAACGUAGUAAAAAGUGUAGAUGGAUGGGCGAAAUAUCGUAUUGCUCGAGGUGCAACAAGAUACGGUCAUCACGAUAUUGCAACUCAAAUAUUCAAAAACUUGAAAGAAGCUGUAGCAUCGGAGCAACUUCACUUUUGGCUGCUAGGUUUACAAUUAGUUACCAGUGCGGAAAGUCAUCUUAUAGAUAUCGCUGAGGAAACCGAUAGCGUAAAAAAGACAAAAAUUGUAGAAAAAUUAAAUGGGACUAUAGCACGAUAUGCAAGUGCCUCUGCCUCGUUGAAAGCUGCAAGUACGCCAUUACGUAGUUUGCAAUUCGCCAGUGAAUAUUCCAAACUACGCUGUGAAUUUCUGCAGGCUUUAGUGCAAUUAUUGCAUUCGUGCAGAUCAUUAUGUACUGCACCUCCCCCUGCCAUUGCAGUAACAGUAGUGCUCGCAACAAAGGACGAUUUACAGCGUUUUGGGCGAGUCACUCAACAGCUCAGAAAAUCGGCACAGGACUUGAGAACAUGUGCCGAAAACUAUCAAAAGUUAUACCAAUCAGCAUUUGACGCCGAUCCUGAAACUUUGGUUAAUAUUAGAGCAUUACAAGAAAUAUGUCAACUAAUGGCAUCUAGCGUUGAACGUGUUUGCGGUGGUUCUAUUAUGCCCACGUGCCAACAAGGCGAAGCAAGUUUCAAUUUUGGAAAUUCUGUGGAAAUGCGCCACUUGGCGAGAUGUUGUACCGAGCUGCAGCGUUUAGCACCUCCGUGGGAAGGUGAAGGCGAGUGUGCUGCGAUUAGUCACUCGAGAGUGGGUUCUUUGAUAUCCCAAAUUAUGCUGCUAGCUGGAGGGAAAAUGAGACUUCCGAUACCUCGGUACUUCUUCCAAACUCUGCAAUCAACUAGUGUAAAAUUAUCGGUGUCCCCGCAACCAAGAGUACUUGGUGAACCGGUAUCAGUUCCACAGGGCAGUCAAUUAGCCUUGAAAGUUGAAGGAGUAUUAAGACAUGGACGAAGAGCUUCUCUGUUUCGUUCGGUUGCAGCUGUAUGCAUAUCCAUUUCGACAGCACCUCCAUCUAAAAUAAAUUCCGAUCAGAAGGAUUCCAACUUGAAUGAACUGCAACAAACGGUUACACCGCAUCGUGAUUUCUUCGCCUGUGAAUUUUUGCUAUCUUUGGGAAGCCCGCAAAUAGGUCCAACUGGUUGUGCUAGUAAUACAGGCGGUGGAGGCCAGUACCAAGUUACUGCAAGUGCCAGUAUAUUGGACAAGGAUGGGAACAUUUGGAAAUGUGGUCCACGUUCCACGCUUCAAGUUAGAGUACACGAGGAACCAGUGAAACGAAAACUACCAUGAUCACUAAGCUAUUGGUGAUAUCAACUUCAUUCCCCAUUGACUGAAUAAUGGUAAAUAGGUAGUUAUUAAAAUUACAAAUUUAUUAUAAAGUAUAAAUCCUUGAUACCAAAAUUUAAUGCAACGACUAAUUCAGAUUAAAUAUCGAAGUUUCAAAGAAAUUAAAUUUAAUUCCUAACGCGCAGGUUUAGUUAACAAGAACGCUGGGCAUACAGAAAAUAGUUGAAAUACUGUAUUUUAUACAUGUACAUAUUUUAAAAAAUAGUUAUAUUUAUACAAUUUGCUACCAGCAUAAUAAUAUUAAUCGCUAAUAAAUUAUAAAUGGUCUCCAAUUAUAUUAGUGAUUCAAUAGGUCGUAACAAUAAAACUCAACAACCAGACUUUAAGUAUAAAAACAAUAUAUCGAACGGUUACUUGAAUUAGGGUAUUUGUUACUUAGUCUAACUUUUUUGCAAUGCAUUUAGUUUCAUUCGUUCAUUUUAAUAUUAUGGCAACCAGCACCUUUAUAAAAUUAACACGAUAAUCUCACCGUGAACCAACACCAACAAUAAUGUGAAAACAAAGUAUAUCUUGAAA